AUGUGAAAACUUUCAUAAUAAUCAGUGAUAAUGAGUGAAUCAGACUGGGGAAUCAGUUUGACGAGCGGGAGAUAUCUGAAGGUACUAGUACAUAAAUAACAUUGCCGUGGAUAUAAGAAAUGAGUGUAAAUCGGAGGCGGUGUGUGGGCGGAACCCCUCCUACAGUCGGUGUGGUGAUUGGAGCGGUAGCGCGUGGAAAAUUCUCUCCCAAGAGGUUGGAAGUUGAAGGUGGGCGGGCGUUUGCCUGAUGAUUGUUCCCUUUACUAACUUUUGGUUCCCUCUUUCCCAAUCACAACAACCCGCGUCAAAUCAUAGAAGUACUAAUCACACUCUCCCCCUUUUUAAGGAAAACGUGGUGGAUCAACCAGUGCUCUUUCUCAGCGCCACAUAUUCUCUUUAAACAAAAAAGUUCAAUAUAGACAGAGAUCCUGGCGGGAAUUUGGACAGGGCAAGGAACACCAAACCGCAGGUUGGGUUGUCCGCCCGCUGGAACUAAUUGAUCACGGGUACUUGUUGAUCGGCUGCAACUCUUCUCUCCCUGUCACGCAAAAGUUAAAAGACAGUCUCUAAAAAAAGAAAGCAAAAAAAGUACUAAAAAUACCGCUACGGCUUUGUCUAGAAGCCUAGAUCAUGAACAAUCUGUUCCUGACAUCAGCUUAAAAAGGAUUUGAACCCAUCGUCACCUGAUCCCUCACUGGACACAACCCCCCCGGUCAAUUUCAGGGACGGGACUAGUCGAAAAUGACUGCCGAAGAAGAUUUGUCGGAGAGCCGCAUCGCAGACAUCGUUCGCGCUCUGGAGCUCAUCCACAAUCCUUCUUCCACAAAUGAUCUUCGAAGGGAGGCCUUGACGUUUGUUGAGUCGCAGAAGGAAAGCAAAUCCGCGGCGCGCAACGGCUUUUUGCUAGCCUCACGGGAGCAGAAUGAUCCCCUGGUUCGCUACUUCGGUUUGACGCUCCUGGAUCAUGUCCUCCGUCACACCUCCUUCACGGCCUCGGGGAAGGUGUUCGAGCUGAGGGAGUUCGUUCUCAAGCUCGCGGAGGCUAUCCGACCAGAGGACCCUGCUUAUCUACGCAACAAAAUCCCGCAGCUAUGGGCAGAAAUCGCCAAAAGGAGCUGGGGCCUGGACUGGAUUGAAAUGGACCAGGCCCUUGCUCAAUUCUGGGGAGCCAGUCUUGUGCACAAGGAACUGGUUCUCUCCACUUUAGAAACCUUGUCGGAGGACAUCUUCUACCGGGAGGAUACCGUUUCGUCCCUACGAGGCACAGACCUCAACCGAGCUCUGGUUGAGAUCUUUACGCCACUAUCUGUUUUUGAAGAGGUCUAUCCUAAGAGGGAUAAUCACGUUGAGCUGCGGUACGGAUCUGAAGGCUGGCUGCCUCGAAUUUGUGAAUUCCUUCAGUAUUGCAUCGAGAACUUGCAAAACUCAAAGCAAGCUAAAGAUGCAGCGCUCAAGGCACUUGCGACUCUAAAAUCUGUCUUGCUAUGGGCAAUACCAAAAGCCAUCAUCUCUUCAAACUGUGUCCCCUCCAUCGCUAGGGCGUUCACAUGUUCCGAUGAACAGGUAUUAUUGGCUGCAGUCGAAGCUGUGCAUUCGUUGUACAGCAGAUCCAACUAUGAUAUGGAAGGCUUCCAACCUCUCGUGCAUCUGAUGUACGAGACAGAGUGCUUGGAUAUCCUACAGAAAUUGUACCAGUGGUCUAUCGUGGGGCCUGAUGACAUUGACGAUACCCGGUACAUGAUUUCCAAAAAGCUUUCCGAGAUGUUAUCGUACGUCGCAGGAUUCUUGGAGGAGAAGAGCUUUUCCUUGGAGAGCGCGCAUGGCAUGAACCUCCCUUUCUUUUUCCAUUUGACAAUAAGCGUUAUUCAGCAUCAGAGCUUGAUGGUUUCGAUACCCGUCCUUCACGUGUGGUCCAAAUUGUUAGCUUCUGAAAGGAUAGGAAACACUGACCUGGUAACCGGCCUCAUUCCUUCGCUAUUAGAGAUCUGUACCCAGCGGCUGGUCCGUUGGGAGGCCCUACCCACGGACUCCGAUGACCCUACAGUCACCUUUCUCGUUGACGAUAUUGAUACCGUCCCCGAAAGACAUGCGUUUGUGGGCAACUACCGCCGAUACUGCUCGUCAAUUAUCGAAACGAUCGUUCAGAAGCGGCCACAAGAAGCUAUUCCCCAUAUCCUGUCAGGUGUUGAUGCUAAUCUAAGCAAUCUCUACAACGGAGUCGAGCCAUUCAACGUAAAAUCGUUCUCGAAAAGCUCUGUUCCGUUAAUGCGCGCCGAUACGCAAUUUGCGGUCGUAGAAGCGACUCUUAAGGGAUAUAAUAAAUGGGUGUCAGCCCAUGGAAGGAUGCCACAGCAAGAUGAGCAAAAACGAAGGGACUUGGAGGAUAUCUUGGAAAAUUGGGCCUUCUCGUUGAUGCAGCGGAGCUUUGAGGAUCCGAUUCUCAAGCAGAGAGUCAUCAAACUCAUUGUCGAUAUCUCAUCUAGGGCCCUUGACAAGACUCCCAGCUUUGCGCUUAAGGCCCUCGAGUAUAUCCUCAUGACUCGACUGCCUGACGAACCUGAAUACCCUGCCUAUUCUGAAGCCGUGAAAGAGUUGCAUGGAUUGUCCAGCCAUGAACUCAGGCGCCUCGCAAUGCGCUAUUCAGACUAUUUCUCUACAUUUUAUGACGUGCUCGAACCGAAGGUCAAGGAGAUUAGCCUCGCCAACAGGGUGGAUGACAAACUCCAAAUGGAGCUUACUUCAAUUCUUCUUAUUAUCAUGCAACGCGCGAACAACGUGGAUCCAUUCUUACGUCAAUCCCGGCUGGCAUCAUUCGUGGAGCCCAUCAGGCAGGCCUGGCAAGAUGAAGAGUUCCGGCAGAUGAGCUCUUCUUUUGAGGGAUUUUGCUCCAUGCUUGGGCUGCAAAGCGUUGGGCCAUUCAUGCAGGCUCAGCAAGCUCAGAAGUUGGAAGACUGGGCGUCAGUGCCUCUGAACAAUGAGGGUAAACAGAUCCAGGAAGAGAUGACCAGAAAGUUCCAGAAUCUACCCUUGAGAGGCACAAAGACAAUGCUAGCUGUCUCCACGGAUAAGCUAAAAAAGAAUGAGCCAGCAUAUGAGCUUGCGUGCAGCGUUUGGCAUGAGACCAUCCCUAUCGUAUUGCCGACUUUGCUACAGCUUGUCAGUCAUGCUCAUGCCUUCCACAAUCCCGCCAACUGGGGCGGCCUGCCCGGUGAAAUGCGAACGGUCGUUGAGCGCAUCUUGACUGAUAGGUUUUGGCAAGCGGGUAUAUCAACUGGUAGCCGUGAUGAGUUUUACGCUAAAAUCACCGCGUCGCGGGCAACCCUCGAAGGAUUUGCGUCCUCGGUCAGAGGUAAGAUUCGGGCAGUUCGGGAAUCCUGCUACUCGAUGCUCUACAGCAUGAGUAGGCUACGAGAGCACUUUUAUGGGUUCGCGGAACUUCCAGGACCCUUAUCUGAAGCUCUAUUCAAAGACUCAUCUUGUCUUUCUUCCCAUCAAUUCUCUGUGCUUCUCAAUAUUGCGAGGUGCUUAAUUGAUGAUUGCCCUGUUCGCUUCCGUGGUCACUUUUUGCCUCCAAUGCUAGCAACCUUAUUUACAAACAUUGAUAAGAAGGUUACAUCGGAAUGGGAUAUGAUUGAACAGCAGAGAGAAGGAGGUGCCGAUGCAGAUCUGACUGACGAGAUGAAAUCCGAGAGUAUUCUUCGACAGUUGACCUAUUCUGCCGUGAUUAUGGUAGCAAGCCUUUUGGAUCCACAAAGAGGGGACCCAGACGAGGAACCAGCAGACCCAAGCGCACCCCAUCCCCAACCUGCCCUCUCCGACUCCAUACGCCACUUCGUUCUCUCGUCGCCGGAGAUCUUUGAGCCUCUGAUGCUGUUCUGUACCCACGCGCUUCGUAUGCGCGAUACCAGAUGCUGCAGCAUAAUUACACGUGUUAUCCGAUCCAUCUUGCAGGACUUUGCGCCUCCCAACAACACUCCAACAACAGUCACCAUCCGUGAAUUUAUAUGCUCAGAAGUUCUCAAAGCAUGCAUUACAUCCGUGCAUGAGCCUUAUUUCGUCGAUAUGCAAAAAGACCUUGCCCAGCUUAUCUCCUCAAUCUGGGUUCUCUAUGGAUCCAGCACGCCCACACCGCGCUCCGUGAUUCUCAGCCUCCCUGGCAUGGAUGAACAGCGAGUAGCAAUGACGGAAGCGUCUUUGGUGAGGUCAACCGCUGCUCGCCAACAGCGAGCUCUCAUAUUGGAUCUCUUGGAAGGGCUGAGAGGCGUGAGCAUCGCUGAGCAGGGAAAGAUCCUGGGCUCGCGAGAAGAACGCCGCAAGGCCCGCAGCGCUUUACAAGAAAGAUAUAUGACUUCCGAAAUGGAAGGCCAGCAAAACAAUAAGGUUGAUAUUAAUGACGGACCAGAUCUUACGGGUGUGGCGGACAUGUUUGGUUAGAAGGCUUUCUGCGUAUAUACUGGAUAAUGACUUCCUCCUUCACCCACUCCUGUAUAGUACAAUGGUGCGCACUCAUUCCCCUUGUUCUCCGAUCCUUUUAUAUCUCUCAUUCUGGCUUUUAUAGGCAUAAAAGAGAGAGAACCCCUCUGAAGCCUUUCAUUAUAGAGUACAUCAUUUGGACAACCAAACUACAUGCAAUAAUGGGGUUGCCCAUGGUCACUUCUAGCAGGCCAUACAUUCAGUACCGAAUAGAUAUUGGAAUAAUUUUAACCCAUUAAAAAAGCACAUAUUGCAAACUAGCCGCUCUCCUUUAAACGGUAUACCUACAUCAUAUACAUUGUCUCCUCCAACCUCCCUAUCUUUGCUAUUGAUCUAACAGGCCCCGCACAAAAGACUCCGAUUAAUUGCAAUCAUAAAUCAACAUGUCAAUUGUAAUCGCUUAUUGAGAGACCUUAGAGGGUGUGUAUACGAAGGUAGGGCGGACGAAGCUAU